AUGGCUUCAACUGUGAACACAGUAUAUGUUGUGACAGGUGCCAACAGAGGCCUCGGCCUUGGACUGACAAAACGGCUCCUAGAGCGCUCUGCCACUACUGUCGUGGCCUCCGUGCGCAGUCCAGACGCCGCCACAAGCCUGAGAGCAGAAAUCGAGGAUGUGAAGAUGGGCGAAAACAGUAUACUUCACAUCAUCGAAUUGGACUUUUCAACCGCAAUUCCCCCCGAUAAUAUUAUACGGACGUUCUCCGCAGCUGUCAGUACAGUGUCACACAUAGAUGUGCUCAUCUGCAAUGCCGGAUGCGCGACGCCAAUGAUACCAGCCGUUGAAACUCCAGCGGAAGAUCUCCGUGCAUCAUUUGAAACCAACACCAUUGCCCCGCUUCUUGUCUUCCAAGCAUUCUGGCCUCUGAUGCAGAGAUCUGCUUUUGCGCCAAAACUAGCAGUGAUAUCUUCCUCGGUUGGUUCGGUUGGUCAACAGGAACCUUUCCCCGGUGGGGCUUAUGGGCCCAGUAAAGCAGCUUCCAACUGGCUUACCAAGGCUCUUCAUAGCCAGAAUGAGGCGGAUGGCUUAGUUGCGUUUGCUUUGCAUCCUGGCUGGGUGCAAACGCGCGCGGGAUAUUCUGUUGCGAAGCAGUUGGGAUAUCCUCAUGAUCCACCAUUGACUGUUGAAGACAGCGUGGAAGGGAUGCUCAAAGUCAUUGACAGUGCUACAAGAGCAAAUGUGUCGGGAAAGUUUGUCACAGAGACUGGAGAUAUUGUGCCUUGGUAG